AUGGGCAUCGACGACCUGGGAAAGAAGCUGGGCCAGCACUGCCAGGCCAACGCCGAGAUCUUCCUUACCAUCCGCGGACAGCGGGCGUACGCCGAAGUGACGAGCGAGCAGGCCGACAGGGCUCUCGCCAAGCCCUUCGUGCCGGAUGGCGUCACGAUUAAUGUGGAGCGCCACGAGGGCGAGGUGCCGCUGAUCAAGGUGGGGCUCAGACCCUCCCUGACCGCGGUUCCAAAGGGCCAGGUGUCCCAGGCCAUCAUCCGCGCAUUCGGCCAGCUGAAUGCUGGCCGGCUUGGGCGGAUCUACAUCGGUCCGGACGCGAUUCACGUCCCGGUGUCCACCGAAGCUUGCCUGAAAAGACUUCUCAAGGCCGGCUCUAUCGAUGUUGUGGGCAAACAGCUGGCUGUUUUCGAUCCGAGCGUGGUCGUUCGAGAGAAGCGCCUGCAGGACCUGGUCGAGAUGCACUUCCUGCGCAAGAGCCGCGGCGCGCUCAAGCAGCUGCAGGACCAGCACGCGGUCGUCAUCGCCGUCCGCCUGGGCGGAACCUCCCCGUCGUCGCCCGAGGCCGGCCCCACUGCUCCGAGUGGUCGCGGGCGCGGUCGGGGUGGAAGAGGCGCAGCAAGUCAAGCCGCGGCUGCGGGCCGAGGCCAGGCGGGACGGGGACGAGGCUGCCCUGCCAAGGCCGCCGGCCGCGGAGUCGCAAAGCAUGUCGACAAGAAAGCCGCCGCCACGGAAAAGGUCAAGGCCAUGGAGCCGGUGGUCGAGGUCAAGGGCUCGGCCAAAGCCAGCGUCGACAGGGCGAUGAGCGCCAUCGAGAGCCUCCUGGCCAAGGCCACGCGGAGGCAGUCGAGCUUCAGCUCGAGCGAGACCAGGUUCAGUACCCUGCUCUACGCCAAGAUAAAGGAGCUGGGCCAGACCGAUCCGGAGGUCGCCGUAUUUACGGCCAGGCAGCCCGGCGGUAGGCUGGUGGUCCACAUGAUGGGCAGCGACAGCGCCAAGGUCGAGGCGCUGAGCCAGCGGCCCAGCCACUACAUGGCCAAGCUCACGGUCGCGAACCUCCAGCUCAACGCCAACCAGUUCAAGCGCGUUCAGGUGGCUCAGCUGACCAAAGCCUAUGGCGUGCUGAUCGAAUACGACGCCAAGCGGGGGGAGGUCACUGUGUUCGGCCCGCGCGAGGCGGCCAAGGCCUGCAUCGAGGACAUGAAGCCCGUCUCGACCGCAGGCGGGGGGCAGGCUCAAAAGGCCGCAGCCCCGCAGCAGCUGACCCUCACCUCCGGCCGCGCCCUGUUCUUCAAGGAGCACAUUCACGUCAACUACAGACAGCUCAGGGUGCGGCCGCUCAAGAAGGGCGCCAUCGUGGUUACCGGCCCGUCCGAGGAACUCGACGUGGUCGAGCACCUGGUCAACAAGAUAGAGUGCCGCGUGCUGCCCCACUACCUGUCGCCCGAGCUGGCCGACGGGUUUGCGGACUUCGCCCGACGGCACCUGGCUCGGCUCGACAUCGUUGCGGUGGUCACUCAAUCGCUCGUCUCGAACGACGAUGGCGAAGACAAUGGUGACAACGAAGAAGAGGAGGAGAAAGAAAAAGAGGGCAACGAGCAGGACGUCACGUACCUCAGCAACUGCGGCCACGAGGACGAGGAGUGGGCGCAGCUCGAGGUGUGGUGCUACGCCGGCAGCCUAGUCCCGACAUUCGUCAAGACGAUGGGAUUCUUUGCCUCGGAGCAACAUCACCUUGUUCAGGAGCUCGUUCCGAGCCUAGAGUGGUUGUACGAGUCAUGGACCCAUGUCGACACGAUCAACAGGAUCAUCACGUGCGUCAGCUUCCAACGCAUAGAUGACGUCCUGGUCUAUUUAAGUUCGGCUGAUAAGUGGGGCAAUGGCUACAGUGGCUGUUUGGCCGCUACAAAUACCCGACUGGUCUACGCGGUGUCGCCCAGCGCCUUAGUCAGCUUGGAGCCGAUGCUGCAGCAGUUUGGGGUCGAAUAUCUCACCUACACCACCCGCGACAAUCACAUGGGUUCCAUGAUAGUCACAAAGUUGAUGGAGACCUUUGGACUGUUGACACCUCAACAUGGCCUUCGCAAGUGA